AUGGCUGCACCGCUGCCGGGCUUCACCCCGCUCCUGCUGUCGUCUCUGGCUCUCCUGCUCCUCCUCCUCGGCCCUUUGUUCAUCCUCACCCCGGGGACGGUGAGCACAGGAGGGGUUUCCAGCCGGUGCACCCCCGGCCUCAGACACCGGGACGCCGGGGAAGUGAGCCGGGAGGACGCAGAGGAGACGCAGACAGAGGGAUGCUCCGGAGCGCAGGGAGGAGAGGACCAGGAUGGGUGGAGGGGGACUCUGGCACCAUCAUCAUCACCUCCUCAUCCUCAUCCUCCUCCCAGCACAGGUAUCAGGUCGAGCUCUGAUGGCGUCGGCGCAGGAGAGGGAGUGGAUGGAGGGAGGAUGAGGAGGAAGGGCGUUGUUUCUCCUCCAGCUUCACCUGCUUCCACCUCCUCUCCGGUUCAGAGACGGGCAGUACAAAGGACCAGACGGUGGCCGGCUCCGAGGCCACACCUCACCCAACGUGGAGCCUUUGUGAGGGAUGGGAGAGGAGGGAGAGAGGUGAGGAGGCUCUUUGCACUGACACCCAGGCAUCUCCACCCCGACAAACAUGCCCUCCUCCUGGCCAAGAACCCCUCACUUGGCCCCUCGCCAACCGGUUGCUCUUGUUGCAUUCAUCCUCCUUCUGGAUACAAUUCAGUGCACAGAGAGGCUUCACACUACACGCUCACAUGUCCUCCCCUUUUCAACAAGAAGUCCAACUACAUCGUUUGUCAUUUUUCAACUUAUUCCUCUCAGGACAGCCUCACACAUCACACAGCUCACAGGAGCAGCAGCAACGAGCCCAGGGAUGCUGAUGAAGGCUCAGCCAGAGAGGACAGGAGGGCUGGUAAUUGUUCCCAUUUGGGGAGGCACAAUGUGAUCGAUCUCAGCAGCAUCAGCGAGGGGGGUGAUGAUAGCUGUUUGACGGGGUGCAUUAGUUGCAGGAGUGGGGGAGAUGAAGAGAGCGGGCCGGCAGUGAUUAACCCUGGUACAUGGGCUCACCGUGAGGGGAAAGCGAGGUAUUACCAGGUCAGAAUUAUGGACAAGAGGAGAGAGGGGAAGGCUGGACGAAGAGGAGGGGUGAACCAAGGCAACAAAUGCAUUCAUUUAUCUAAUUAUCCGGAUUACGAUUUGGCUUGUCCGACUCUGACGCUCCUGUGUCGGGCUGAUAAUGAGCUUCCACAGGGGAAAUCAGCCACAGCAACCAGGGGGCAGGGCAGCCAAACCCGGGGAGAACGCAGGGAGGUUCCCGGUGGUCGCUUUGGUUGUUUGGGCAGAAUAGAAAUGGGGGAUGGCUGCGGAGCAGGUUUUAUGGUCCCGGAGGGAGUCAUAGCUCUGAGGAACCACCCCAUCCAAUCCCCCCCCAGCAGCCUCACAGAGACGCCAGGCCGACGUUUUACAUCCAGCAGAAGCGCAUCAAUCGAAUCAAGAUCUCCUGGCCUGGUGCUCAAUACGCCCACUCACAUACAAACAGAGAGUGUAAAGCUAUCCCAACCGACCCGUCUCUCUGCUGAGGAAGUGAACAGAGAGACAGAGUCAGAGUCUGCCGGUGACUCAGGCUUUCUCUCGCCUGCAAACUUUCCUGUUAGAUCUCCCGGAGUGUCAGACGCGUCUCUCUCUGCCACAGCCAUCACAUCACGUCUCCUCUCGCUAUUCUCGGAUAUGAACCUGCCCACGUGGCGUCCCCCCUCCCUGCCCCCUGUGGAGGACGGGGCUCCAGCACCACGGACAGCUCCACGGGACGCUCUGCCCGUGUUUUUGUGGAGAGAAUUCAACAGCAACAGUAAUAACAACAACGACGAGGAGGAGAACAGGAACAGGAAUGGAUAUAGACAUGACUCUGAAAUAGACAACCCGGCUCGGCACGGUCCGACACAGCAACAAGACCUGUGGGAGAGCGCACUGCGAGAGAUGGUCAAGGUAGGGUGCGCUGACAGCACUUCCACCGACUGUUCAGCCACCGAGCAGGGCGACCAUGCACACAUGCAAUUAAAAUCCAGUAAGCAAGCGCCAUUAGAGCCCGAAGGUGUCAGACAGUCAGAUAGGCGGCAGAUGGGGGCCGAGAGAGAAAGGGAGAGGGAUGCAGAGAGGGAGGGAGAGGGCUUGGAGGGGUCUGCUGCUGUUGCUGCCGCUGUUGGGGGAGGAAAAUUACAGGUGGGGGAGGGCGAGAGAGAGGCGCGGCUGACGGGAGGGAGAGAACCAGGGGGAGAGGAGCAAGAGGAGGAGGAGGAGGAGGAGUGGGAGAGGGUAAAGGGAACAACAAAGGCAAGCCAGGCAGAGGAGAGAGAGGCAGAGGGAGGAGAAGGUCAGGAUAGGGGCAGUAGAACCACCACCAUCACACAGCCAGAGAGCGAAAGAGGGAAGAAAGAGAGCCGGGCAGAUGAAAGCCACGCGGUUGGAGAGGGGGAUGAGAGGGGGAUGGAGGAGGAGGAGAGGCACAGUACAAGGGGAGAGAGGAGCCUGGAACGACUGAUAAUAGUGGCAGAUGAUGAAAUCGCACAGGGAGAAAGGGGGAGGAAGAUUUUGAUGCCCUGGCCUCGCUCUCGGCGUGCAGCCAACAGACAUCCCCAUUUCUCCCAGUAUAACUUCCAAGUGCAAAUAGCUGAGAACCAGCCACCCGGCACCUCGGUCAUUAUCAUGUCGGCCUCAGACCCAGAUGCAGGUGACGCAGGCAGGGUGAGCUACACCAUGGCCCCGCUGAUGAACAGUCGAUCAUCUGACUACUUCCACAUCCACCCAGACACAGGUAUCAUCACCAGCACUCAGAUUCUAGACAGAGAACACAUGGAUUUGCAUUACUUCCGGGUCACUGCGACAGAUCACGGCUCCUCUCGCCUCUCCGGCACCACAAUGGUGGCCAUUACAGUUUCAGACCGGAACGAUCAUUCUCCUAUAUUUGAGCAGACAGAGUACAGGGAGACCAUCAGGGAGAACGUAGAGGAGGGGUAUCCCAUCUUACAGUUGAGAGCGACAGACUUGGACUCCCCAUCCAAUGCCAAUAUCCGUUACCGCUUUGUCGGUGACUCGGCUGCAAUCGCACGGGCGGCCUUUGAGAUUGACCCACGCUCUGGGCUCAUAACAACCCGUGGAGCGGUGGACCGGGAAAUCAACGAGCACUACACUCUACAGGUGGAAGCCAGUGACCAGGGGAAGGAACCGGGGCCACGCUCCGCCACUGUCAAAGUUUUCAUCACUGUUCUGGAUGAAAAUGACAAUGUGCCACAGUUCAGUGAAAAGCGCUACGUCGUAGCAGUGAAGGAGGAUGUACGGCCUCACUCUGAGAUCCUCCGCGUGAGUGCCACAGACCAGGACAAGGACAGCAACGCCGCUGUUCACUAUAACAUCAUCAGUGGUAACAGCCGUGGGCAGUUUUCCAUCGACAGUGUCACCGGGGAGAUCCAUGUUGUGGCACCGCUAGACUAUGAGUCCGAACGGGAGUAUACGCUCCGUGUUCGUGCACAGGACAACGGCCGGCCCCCUCUGUCCAACAACACCGGCAUUGUGAGUGUGCAGGUGACUGAUGUCAAUGACAACCCUCCCAUCUUUGUCUCCACACCAUUCCAGGCGUCUGUGCUCGAGAGCGCCCCUGUUGGUAGUUCCAUCCUCCACAUUCAGGCCAUUGAUACCGAUUCUAGUGAUAACGCUCGUCUGGAGUACAGGUUGACUGGCACCAGCUCCGACACACCAUUCAACAUCAAUUCUGCUACAGGCUGGGUCACUGUGAGCUCCAUUCUUGACCGAGAAUCUGUGGAGCACUUUUUCUUUGGCGUGGAGGCCAGGGAUUAUGGCAUGCCGCCUCUUUCUGCGACAGCCAGUGUUACAAUUACCGUGAUGGAUGUCAAUGACAACCGCCCUGAGUUCCUGCAAAAGGAGUACUAUUCUCGCCUGAAUGAGGAUGCGUCGGUUGGUACCAGUGUAGUGACUGUCACGGCUGUGGACCGAGAUGUCAACAGUGCCGUGACCUAUCAGAUAACAGGAGGAAACACCAGAAACCGCUUUGCCAUCAGCACAGCAGGAGGGGCUGGACUUCUCUCGUUAGCUCUCCCGUUGGACUACAAACAGGAGCGCCGUUACGUUCUUACAGUCACCGCCUCAGACAGAACACUCCACGACACCUGCCAGGUGCACAUCAACAUAACAGAUGCCAACACUCAUCGGCCUGUUUUCCAGAGCGCCCACUACUCUAUUAGCGUGAAUGAGGACCGACCACCUGGGAGCACUGUGGUUGUGAUAAGCGCCACAGAUGAUGACGUUGGUGAAAAUGCUCGAAUCACAUACUUCCUCGAGGACAAUAUUCCACAAUUCCGCAUCGACACCUCCACAGGGGCUAUAACACUCCAGGCAGAGCUCGACUAUGAGGACCAGAUGACCUACACUUUGGCUAUAACAGCCAAAGACAACGGCAUACCACAGAAAGCGGACACUACAUAUGUUGAGGUGAACGUGAAUGAUGUGAACGACAAUGCACCUCAGUUCAUCAGCCCCAGAUAUCAGGGGACAGUGAGCGAAGACGCUCCACCUUUCACCAGCGUCCUCCAAAUCUCAGCCACUGACCGCGACGCACACGCUAAUGGCCGUGUUCAGUACACCUUCCAAAAUGGCGAAGACGGGGAUGGAGACUUCACCAUUGAACCUACAUCUGGCAUUGUCCGAACUGUUCGCCGCUUGGACCGCGAGAGCGUGCCAUUCUACGAGCUGACGGCCUAUGCUGUGGACCGAGGCGUGCCCCCUCAGCGAACCCCCGUCCACAUCCAGGUGACAGUCCUCGACGUCAACGACAACGCCCCUGUCUUUCCCGCUGAUGACUUUGAGGUUCUAGUGAAGGAAAACAGUGCAGUGGGCUCUGUGGUGGCCCAGAUCACAGCCACCGACCCGGAUGAAGGUGCCAACGCUCAGAUCAUGUACCAAAUCGUGGAGGGCAACAUCCCUGAGAUCUUUCAGAUGGACAUCUUCUCAGGGGAGCUCACUUCACUCAUUGAUCUUGACUAUGAGGCCCGUAAUGAGUAUGUCAUCGUAGUCCAGGCCACCUCAGCACCUCUAGUCAGCCGGGCGACUGUCCGCAUCCGGUUGGUGGACCAGAACGACAACCGGCCCACUCUGCAGGACUUCCAAAUCAUUUUCAACAACUUCGUGUCUAACCGGUCCAACAGUUUCCCCAGCGGCGUGAUUGGGAGAGUACCCGCCCACGACCCGGAUGUGUCAGACAGGCUGUACUACACCAUCGACCGAGGGAACGAGCUUCACCUGCUGCUCCUGAAUCACACCAGCGGAGAGAUCCGACUGAGCCGAAAACUGGAUAACAACAGGCCGCUGGUGGCUCCCAUGCUGAUCACUGUCACAGAUGGCGUCCACAGCAUUUCAGCCCAGUGCGUCCUCCGCGUCCUCAUCAUCACCGAGGACAUGCUGGGCAGCAGUGUCACCGUCCGCCUGCAGAACAUGUCCCAGGAGCACUUCCUGUCACCACUGCUGGGAAACUUCCUGGAAGGAGUGUCAGCGAUGCUCUCCGUGCCUGUCGAGGAUGUUUUUAUCUUCAACAUCCAGCCGGAUCUGGAUGCGGCGCCGGGAGGGAUCCUGAACGUCAGCUUCUCUGCCGCGCUGCCCGGCGGACUCUUCUUCCCUUCAGAGACGCUGGAGGAACAGCUGUACCUGAACAGGCCGAGGCUGACGUCACUCACACAGAUGGAGGUUCUCCCUUUCGACGACAACGUUUGUCUGCGUGAGCCGUGCCAGAACUACAUGAAGUGCAUCUCGGUGCUGCGCUUCAACAGCUCUGCCCCCUUCAUCUCCUCACCCUCCAUCUUGUUCCGGCCCAUCCACCCCAUCGCAGGCUUACGCUGCCGCUGCCCAGUUGGCUUCACGGGUGAUUACUGCGAGACGGAGAUCAACCUGUGUUACUCCAACCCCUGCCUGAACGGAGGGGUGUGCGCCCGCAGAGAGGGAGGGUACACCUGCAUCUGCCGGGAAGACUUCACAGGUGACCGGUGUGAGUUUGACCGGCGGCAGGGCAGGUGUGUGCCAGGUUUGUGUCGAAACGGAGGGACGUGUCGGGAGCUUUCAGGCGGCGGAUUCCGCUGCGAGUGCCCUGCAGGAGGCUAUGAGCGUCCAUACUGCACAGUCACUGCCCGGUCCUUCCCACCAAAGUCCUUCGCCAUGUUCCGGGGCCUCAGACAGAGAUUUCACCUUUCCAUCUCGUUAACUUUUGCCACUCUGGAGAACAGCGGUCUUCUCUUCUAUAAUGGACGCUUCAAUGAGAAACACGACUUCAUCGCCUUGGAGAUCCAAGAAGGACAAGUGGUGCUCAAAUAUUCCACAGGUGAAUCGUCCACUCAGGUGAGUCCCUUCCUGCCCGGCGGUGUGAGUGAUGGCAACUGGCAUACUGUUCACAUACACUACUACAACAAGCCAGCUACACGCUAUCCAAAGCGCAGUAUGAGUGGCGAGGCCCAGGGUCCGUCAGAUGAGAAGAUUGCUGUUGUGAGCGUUGACGACUGCGAUACAGCAUUGUCGCUCCGCUUUGGUACACAGCUCGGAAAUUACAGCUGUGCGGCGCAGGGCAAACAGACCAGCAGCAAGAAGUCUCUGGACCUGACUGGUCCAUUGUUUCUGGGCGGAGUUCCCAACGUACCAGACAACUUCCCGUUUGGCACCAGGGAGUUUAUCGGCUGUAUGAAGGAGCUGCACAUUGACAACAAGCCGCUGGACUUGGCUGGGUUCAUCGCUAACAAUGGAACUCUCCCUGGCUGCAGCGCCAAGCUUACCUUCUGUACGUCCAACCCCUGUCAGAACGGAGGAACCUGCAGGGUGAGCUGGGAGACUUUCUCCUGCGACUGUCCCCUCGGGUACGGAGGGAAGGACUGCAGCCACGUGAUGCCACACCCCCAUCGCUUCCUGGGUAACAGUGCCCUCUGGUGGGACCUGAAGAAUGACGUAACCAUCUCGACGCCCUGGUACCUCGGCCUGGUGUUCAGGACCAGAGCGCGAGAGGGGACGCUGCUGCAGGCUCAGGCUGGCCAGUACACCAGUCUGCUUUUCCAGGUGAUAAAUGGUCAGUUGGUGUUCUCGGUGACCCGUGGUUCGACCAGACCAGUUCGUUUGCGGUUGGAUCAGGUUCAGGUUUCAGAUGGCCAGUGGCACGACCUCCAACUGGAGCUGCGAGACGUCCGCAGCGGCCGUGAGACGCGCUACGUCGCCACGCUGCGGCUCGACUUUGGACUCUAUCAGGGAACAGUGAUAGUGGGAAAUGAGAUUCAUGGUUUGAAGGUGAAACAUCUGCAUGUGGGAGGAGUGUUGGGCUCAGGAGAGGUUCAAAACGGGAUUAAAGGCUGCAUACAGGGCGUUCGGUUGGGUGUACGGCCUGACUCCCCUCCGCUGCCACGCCCGUCAAGAUCCGUCAAAGUAGAGACCGGCUGUAAUGUUGGCAACCCCUGCGUCUCCUCUCCGUGCCCCUCCCACAGCCGCUGUUCCGACCAAUGGGAGCGGCACACCUGUGUCUGCGAACCUGGAUACUAUGGGAGAGGCUGCACUGACGCUUGCCAUCUGAAUCCAUGUGAAAACGAGGCGCAGUGCCACAGGAAGCCCAGCUCGUCCCAUGGGUACAUCUGUGACUGUGGAGACAACAACUACGGGCAGUACUGCCAACACAGGAUCGAUCACCAGUGUCCCAGGGGUUGGUGGGGAUCUCCGACCUGCGGACCGUGUCACUGUGACACCAAUAAGGGCUUCGACCCGGACUGCAACAAGACCAGCGGAUACUGUCACUGCAAGGAGUUUCACUAUCGUCUGCGGGGCUCUGACACCUGCCUGCCAUGUGACUGCUACCCGGUGGGUUCUUUCUCGCGGUCAUGUGACCCAGAGACAGGACAGUGCCAGUGCAGGCCCGGCGUGAUUGGUCGCCAGUGCAACUUAUGUGACAGCCCCUUCGCUGAAGUCACAAAUUCAGGCUGUGACGUCAUUUACGAUGGUUGUCCAAAGACCAUCACUCAGGGGAUCUGGUGGCCUCGGACCAAGUUCAACCUUCCUGCCGCAGUGCCCUGUCCCAAAGGCUCUGUCGGUGCAGCCAUCAGACACUGUGAUGUGGAGAGAGGGUGGCUGGAGCCAGACCUUUACAACUGCACCUCACCUCCAUUUGUGGAGCUCAAUGCUGCUCUUGAUUCUCUGGAGCGGAAUGAGACCGAACUGAACACCAUCCUGGAGAAGAAACUUGCCCACCAGCUCCGUGACGUCACCGAGGCAACCGCCCGACUCUACGGCAACGACUUGCAGAUCGCUGAGCGGCUGCUGUCCCGCCUCCUCACCUUUGAGACCCAACAGAGCGGCUUCGGACUCACCGCUACUCAGGACGCACAUUUCAAUGAGAACAUUGUGCGGGGCUGCAGUGUGCUGUUGGGUCCCGGUACCUCUGGGCUCUGGCGGGCUCUCGCUCAGAGUCAGAACCACAUCCCGGGCGGCGGUCCGGCCGAGCUGACGGAGCUGCUGGAGCAGUACACCCAGAAUCUGGCCCAGAACAUGAAGCUCACCUACCUCAACCCUGUGGCGCUGGUUGCUCCGAACCUAGUCAUGAACCUGGACCGUGUGGAGAACCAAACCCAUGUGCGGCGGCGUUUCCCACGUUACCACACCCCCCUGUUUCGUGGCCAGGCUUUGUGGGAUCCCAACACCCAUGUGAUACUGCCCCCUGCUGCCCUGGUGCCACAACGUCAGCAACAACAGCACAUCUGGAAAGAGAAGGAGCGGACAGAGAAAGAGAAAGAGCCCUCGGCCCCUCACAACGCUGCUCUGGCCCCUGUCAGUAUCUCAGCCAAUCAGACAGGAGAAUACACUGCAGCCCGACGCACUGUUUCCAUGCCAGAGCCGCCCAUCACCAUCGUUAUCAUGCUGAUCUAUCGCAGUCUGGGCGGGGCCCUCCCUCCCAAGUACCACACAGACCGACGAGGAGUGAGGCUUCCCAGACACCCGGUAAUGAACUCCCCAGUGGUCACUAUCUCUGUCUACAACAACCAGACGUUUGUGGGUGGACACUUGGACCAGCCCAUCCUGCUUGAGUUCAAGCUGCUUGAGACAGCCAAUCGAAGCAAGCCACUGUGUGUGCAGUGGAACCACAGCAACCAGUAUGAGAUAGGAGGCUGUUGGACAGUCAGGGACUGUAUGGUGGUUUACAGGAACACCUCUCAUGUCCGCUGUCAGUGCCAGAGACUGGGCACCUUCGGGGUGCUGAUGGACAGUUCACAUAGAGAGCAGUUGGAGGGGGAUCUGGAGACGCUGGCCCUUGUCACGUAUUCAUCUCUGUGCGUCUCCAUGCUGGCCCUCCUCCUCACUGUCCUGGUGCUCUCCUGCCUCCGAGGCCUCAAGUCCAACAUCAGGAGCAUCCAUUCCAACACAGCGGCCGCCAUGUUUUUGUCCGAGCUGGUGUUUCUGCUCGGGGUCAAUCAGACGGAGCAGCAGUUCCUGUGUACGGUCGUGGCCAUUCUCCUGCAUUACUUCUUCAUGUCCACGUUUGCCUGGAUGUUCGUGGAAGGCCUUCAUAUCUACCGCAUGCAGACUGAGCAACGCAACAUAAACUAUGGUGCUAUGAGGUUCUACUACGCCAUCGGCUGGGGCGUGCCGGCUAUCAUCACAGGCCUGGCGGUGGGCCUGGACCCAGAGGGGUACGGGAACCCAGACUUUUGUUGGAUCUCCAUCUAUGACAAACUGUUAUGGAGCUUUGCUGGUCCUAUAGCCAUCGUCAUACUGUUGAAUGGAGGGAUUUUCAUGAUUGUAGCCAAGAUGUCCUGCAAUCCCUCUCAGAAGGAGACUAAGAAGCUCCCUGUCAUUGCGACUAUUCGCAAUGCCUUCCUGCUGUUGCUGUUAGCCACCUCCACCUGGCUGUGUGGUCUGAUGUCAGUGAACAACAGCAUCCUGGCUUUCUACUACAUAUUCGAUGUCCUCUGCCUCGUGCAGGGUUUGUCGGUGAUGCUGGUCUUCACUGUGUUCAACUCUGAGGUUAAGGAGGCCUGGAGCGUGGCCUGUUUGGGUAAGAAGAGCCCCGGAGAAGAUCCACCAAGACCACCGCAGAACACUGCUCAGAACCCCUAUCACAAUGCAUCUCUGCUGGAGCAGAGCGGGCUGCACCGCAUCACCCUGGGAACCUCCACCAUCUCCUCUGUCAGCUCCGCCAGAGAAAAUCUUUUAGCUCGUCAGACGCUGGAACAAAACAUUGUCCAAACCGGAGCGACAGACCUGGAUGUAGCCAUGUUCCACAGAGACGGAGGUGAGGAUUCGGACUCAGACUCAGACCUCUCCAUGGAGGAGGAGCGCAGUCUCUCCAUCCCGUCCUCUGAGAGCGAGGACAACGUCAGACUCCGCGGGCGCAUCCAGCGGCGAUUCAAACGCUCCAAUCACAGCGAGCGUCUGCUUACAGAGCCCACCCACAACGGUACCAAAGAUCUGGAUGGCAAUGACCUUCUGUCCUACUGGCCGGCUUUGGAGGAGUGUGAGACACACAGCCUUCAGAAGUGGGGCUCAGAGCGCCCCCUGGGGGCGGAUUACAGCAAGGAUGCUGCCAACAACAACCAGCCAGACGCAGCACUGACCAGUGGGGACGAGAACGGCCUCACCCAGCCAAACAGGCACCGCAAGGGUAUCCUGAAGAACCGUAUCGGCUGCCCCCCAGCACUCCAGGGUCUUUCCACCAUGGGCCGCGUCCCCAGUGAGCUCAACUGGUACCGAACCUCUACUCUGGGCCACCGGGGAGUUCCUGCAGCCUCGUACGGUCGCAUGUACUCAGCCACGGCCGGUGCCAGUGGAGGUUCCGGCUCUCUUUCUCAACCUGCUUCCCGCUACUCCUCCAGGGAACACCUGGACUCGCUGUCCCGGAGGCAGUUGUCCAGGGAUCCACUAGGGAGGCAGACAGUUGGGGGGUCGAGGGACCGACUGGACUCCCGGGGUUCCAGGGACAACCUGGAUCUCCUACCCAGGAGGAGAGAGCUGGGGCAGGGAGCAGGGCUAGGUGGACUGGGGCUGGAUCACCAGCGAGUCUCAGCAUCCAGGGAGAACUUGUCAGGAUCCAGGGACAGACUGGACAACCACCACACAGGUAGCGUCCACGCCUCCAGGGAGGACUUGAGUGGACUUGAGGGGUACCUCAGUGGAUCGAGGUCGCAGCUGAACUCACUAACUCGGCGGCAGUCCUCAUCCCGUGAGCACCUAGGGGGGGCGCUGAUGAGCAGCAGGUCAAGGGAGCAGCUGGAGACCAACGGAGGCGGAGCCCAGGCUCAGCCGUGUCGGGAGUGGCUCCGCACUCUGCCUCCCCGCCAGCCCUCGCACCCGGAUCAGCCUCCCUCCUCCUCCCCUCCUCCCCCUAUCUCUGAGGAGCCCCAGCAGGAGCAGCACCCAGCUCACGCAAGAGGACGACUGGACUCUGCACCUCCAUGUAGGUACCCCGGUCAGACUGUCCCCCAGGUUGCAGGUUCAAAUCCAAACCCUCUGGUUCGACAGCCGUCCAGUGAACACCUGGAUAUUCUGUCCUCCAUCCUGGCAUCCUUCAGUUCCACCGUCCUCACUCCUCCCCCCGCUGCCUCGAACCCUGGGCCUAACGGCUCCGCCCAUGGGCCCUCCCCCUCCCCGCCCCAGUCAGCCACCUCCCACAGCAUAUCUGAAGUCUCCCCCGAGUCCGAAGCCAACAGAAGUGAAGGACAGUCUUGAUGACAGCCUCCAUAUCCCUUUAUGCAUUGCGACAGUGCUUGGAAAACCAGGGACAAGUUCAAAGGUCAUGGAUGGUCCUGAACCACUGGGCACAUUGGGACAUCGGAAGCCUAGAAACAAACGUGGUUUUAAGCAAGUCAGGCAGAGAGCGUCCAUGAGGAUAAAGAGGGCCUGUGGACAGUUUGUACUGUAUAAAUUACAUUUUUUUCAAGUCCCGCUGCCUACAAUGAUCUCUGACUUUUCUUUGAACGAUGACUCAACCACCUCUACUACCUAAAAACUGUUGAAGACAAACACAAACUCCUCAGAUUUCAAAGUCAAGUCAACUUGAUCCAGACAACAUCAGUCUAAAAGAAAAAAAAAGGAAAGACUGUAAAUAACAUUUUUAUACAUUUUGUAUCUUUUUCAUUGGAGAUGAAGAAGAAAUCUUUUGUGACGUUUUCUUUUUUUUUUAUGAUUGUGUCAGUGAGAGGUUGUGAGUGAUGUUGGAGCGAGUGCAGUCGUGUUCGUUGCUGUGGGAGACAUUUCCCCUAAAAAAAAUCCCCAAAUUUCUCCUCGAAAAAACAGUUUUCCUCAGAAACUCUGUGCAUAGCGACGACAGGGGUCCGGCAAUAGUAUCUGAUGAGAUUAUUAAAACCGCAACAAGUGGUUGAAGGGCAAAUGUCAAAGUAGCCAGCAGUGAUUGUAAAUAGAGGAAGGGGUUAUUAUAGGAGAAGAGAUAUGAUGGAAGAUGAUUGUGAAGAGAAAGAUGGCCAACAUUAAGCUAAAGCACCACAUGAAGGUUUAGAGUUGAUGGUUCCACUAUCAAAGCUCCGUCACAAGCGUCAACGUAUCAGAUCUUUCAGGAGAUUGUGCUGUUUUUGUGAUCCACUGUAUAUGAAUGUGACCUUGUCCUCUGUCUGUGUAUCUUUGUGCCUGGUGCUGUCUGAACCAGACCAUAUCAGUCGAUUGAUAUUCCUGAGAUCGGGAAAGUGAAUGAAGAUAUCUGCUUCUCUGUAUGAGGCUUUAUCAUGUUCCAACCAUUGAAAGACCCUCAAGGUAUUUCGCUCUUUGAUGCAUUAUGACUCAACCUGCCUCAAGAAACGCCACGGGAGCACCCGAGCCUCUCCGGCAGCGUCCAGGAGACUCGUACAUAAAAGCUUCUCCUGCUGAAGUUCUGUGCAAAUUCAAGCCAAAGGGACAACUGCCUAAAAUCAGUACGAUAUGUCGUUCUCCAAUUUUUUUAUGAUGAAGAUGAGGGUGUGAACUCUCUAAAUGUAAUUCACAGUUUUGUUUAGAUUGUGGCUUAAAAUGAUUUUUAUUCAUGGUUGUGCGAUGGAACAUUAAUUAGGUCAUAGACCUUCUCUUAAACAUAAACCACUGUGGUUGGCAUUUUAUUUGGCUAGAAGGAGAGCGGAUCAGAGGGAAGACAGCAUGAGUCACGUCUCAGUGUGCGCAGAUAUUACCUGAAAGCAGACCUGCAGUACAUAUCCAGCAUGGUAUCUACCAGAAUAUAUAUUACCUCAUGUCUGUAGCACAUGAAUCCGACUCCAGAUUUAGACUUAACACAGUUGCUGGGGAAUGGACUCAAAAACAUACAACAAAAGAUGUCAUUGAUGGAGAGGUUCAGACCAGAACACAUUAAUGCAGAUCUGCUCUCAUUGUUUAGACUGCUGUACAAGGAUGAGGUCUCUUUUAAGAUCCGGCGUAGCUUCUUCAGCGCCGUACCAGUUUGCUGAGGAGAGAUGUCAUAUGUGUCGCCGCUAAAAGCCUCUGAGUGGUUUGGAGAUGCAGCUCUUUCCAUCAGCAAACGUCUGCUUUCUCACAGUUGUCGGAGCGAGCGCUGAUGUCAGGCCUCGAGGUAACAACACACGGGCAUUUGUAAGCAAUGGAGACGAGGAGGCAGUCUCCACCAGCCUGCAGAGGGAUGAGGGGAUUGUGGCUAACGUGACUGUGUUUUUGUAAUGAAAAGAAAUGAUGUGGUUCAUAAAUAACUGAAGGUGAAAUGAGAGAGAUUUCUGUAUUGCCAAAAUGAGUUGCCUGCAUGUCCUCAAGCAGAGAGCACUGUGACAUUCAAACAAUAGUUGUAGCAAAACUAGAACAGCAAGACGGGAAGUGGAUAAAAAAUAAAACAAAAAGGCUAAUAGAGCACAAUGAGCAUAAGAAUAAAUCAUUAUGUAUAAAUUGAGUCAGAAACUGUGACUGUUUGCAGAAUAUACCUACAGAGAGGAGGGCAUGGACGCUACUAUUGGAGAGAGAAAAAAAACUAAAAUGGAAAUGUAGGUAGUGGGAAAAAACACACAUCCACCUCGCAAAUGCAUAUCUCCUUUCCCUGACUGCUGCUCUCUGAUCCCCAUGUCCCUCUGAAGUGACAAGUCAGCCUAUUAUUACAGUAGUUUUGCCAAAAAAAAGCUCCUGCAGGAGAACACUACCCACUAUUUCUCUUCACUCUUUUCAUUCAGCUGCUCCAUUUACUUAUUUCUUCAUUUACUUUCAACUGACAGUACCUUUAACUUGUACAGACAUGAGAUUUAUUUUAUUUAUCGAUAAUUUAUUGACAUUGUAUUGAUUAUUUAUAUUGCCAUUUUGUAUGAGUUUUUUUUUGUUGGGUCCAAAUGUUCCCUUUUGUUUGUUUAUAUGAUCUGAGUCUCUCAGUACAACACAUCCACAGAUGAAGGACAAGAAGAGACGAGAAUGUGAAGAGAAAAAUGUGACGCAGGAUGCUUUGCUCUUCAGCAUUUAAUCUGGUUUCUUUAUCCAAUCAUGGGGGUAAAAUCUGGAAAGAAUUGACAAAGCUUUAUUUUCAGUCCUAUUUAGGUGCAUUUAUCCUCGCCGGGCAGAAUGGAAAACAUAUCUAAACUAAAAGUUCAACGCUGGGUGUAAAUAGUGCCGAUAUUUACCAAAUCAAACCCUUUUAUCUUCCCUGUUCAUUGUGAUAGAUCCAAGGCUGAAGCUUCACAUGCACUUAAAUCAGAUCAUCAGACUCCAGACCAACAGGAGGGGAGACUGAAAGACUGAGCUGAGACUAAAUUGUGAUGUGCUCUAAAAAAAGAAAAGAAUAUGGGAAGUGAUGGAAGGAAAGAAAGAGAGUGAGAUAUGGUUGGGUAUACGAAGAGGAGGGAUGGGAGAUUGUCUUUGUUAGCUUGUGUGUUCAUUAUGGGAUGCCUUCUAUCCGCCGUCGGCAAGGGGACGGCGGCAUGGAAACAGCUGUUCCCCUGUUACCUGGGAAACAAGAGAAAUGUUGGACAUUAAAAAAAUAACUUAUUCCUAC